AAAAGUUGUGCCGUGUGCAUAAUGGCGGGAGCGGGAGCGAGGUGCCGUGUGCAGUGGCGGGAGCCAAUCAGCGCUCAGUCUGGCCGGCCAACAGCCAAUCAGCGCUCAGUCUAGCCCCAACAUCCCCGUGGCAGACCUUCCCGACGCGUUAAACUGAUUCUGCAAAACAAGUAGGGUGGAGGAGGAGCGUGUGAGGAGGAGAGUUUAGAGGAGAGUCGUCAUUGCCUGAGGUGUCAUGUCAGGCUCAAAGUGCUACAAAUGCAACCGAAUGGGACACUUUGCUAGGGAGUGUCCCAUGGGUAGCGGUCCUGGUCCAAGGGGACGUGGUGGUCCCAGGGGAAUGAUCAUCUCGACAAGCACACGGCGAAACUACGACGUUGCUACAACAUUCAAACAAGAUUUCUACUCCCUAGAGAAGUGCUACAAGUGCAACCGUCCAGGGCACUUUGCUCGUGACUGCAAAGAGGAAGAGGAUCAUUGCUAUCGUUGUGAUGGAGUUGGACACAUUGCCAAGGACUGCGAGCAUUCCUCUGAUGAGCCGUCAUGUUACAACUGCUCCAAGAUGGGUCACAUAGCUCGUGACUGUCCUGAACCUGAAAGGACUUGCUAUGUGUGCAACAAGAGUGGGCACAUCUCCCGUCAGUGCACUGAAAACAAGAGCGAGAACCGCAAUGCCAAGUGUUAUGUCUGUGGCAAGAUUGGGCACAUCUCGCGUGAAUGCCCCGUUGGAGGAGAGCAAGAGAACGAGAAGCGCUGCUACGUGUGUGGUGCAGGCGGGCACAUUUCUCGUGAUUGUCCUCAAGGCGAGAGUGACACAACUUGCUACAGAUUUAAUGACAAGAACUCUCUUGAUUUUGAGUAUGAAAUGCGCUGGAAUCGCCUCUUUGAAAUGUAUAAGAAGAGGAAAAUGAUGCUGGAGUCUGACCUUCAAACAGAGGUUGAGCAGAUGGAGAGAAAGCUAGCUAUGGUCCGUCAGGAAUAUGAAGCAGAAAAGCUUAAAAGAGGAAUGAUGGGACGUGGCGGUUCAUCAUCGAAAGGAAGAGACAUGUUUGGAGCCUUCUUUAAUGGAAUGGGCAUGCAAGGUGGUCGGAGUGAGCGGCGCAAUCAGGCCGGAGACCGUGACCAGAGACUCAAGGAAUUGUGGUUUCAGAUGGAAGAAGAUCGGCUACAGUCUCCAAGGAGCAGCUUUCAACGAGGUAGAGGCGAUACACCAUUUCAGCAAGGAAUAAAAAGAAGUACAGGGGGAAGUGGAACAUUUCUUGAAAUGAAGCGACAGCGGUAUUGAGAUAAUUAAUUCCUGCAUUUUUUCACUCCAUACUCUUGGUGUCUGCCAUGUACAGAAUUUUUGGCAUGCUUUUGAUGAUGUUCAAAAUCUUGUCACAGUAAUUAUCUAAUACUGAAUACUGUAAAAUUAAUGUUAAUGCAGAAGACAUUUGUAGCCUUUCUGGAAAUUGUAAUGUGGUAUUUUGUAUUUUUUUUUGUUUUCCUAGAGAGACAAUAUAGAUAAGUUUCCUUUGAGUGGAUGACUUGUGUUAUUGUAACCUGUUAGCACCAGUCACAUGUUUGCCCGCUUUUGUAUACUAAGUUUACUUUUUCAGCAAUACUGUAUGUGAUUCAGUACAAAAAAAAUCUUAAAAGAAGA